GAGACUGUGAACUGACUGACUCAAGGAUCGAAGAAGAGCAGAAAACAAAUCCCAGUCUACAAAACUCACCCUACCUUUCUCACAAUUUACCGUCCUUGCCAUCCCUGAUAUAUAUAAAACCCUGGGAAUCGAUCUGCCAUUUCCAAAAGCUGCAAAAAUCUCCUACUGGGACAAAACCCUCACGUUCCAGUGAUUUUUAAAGUUAAGUAGAAGUAUGGAUGUGAGGGGAUCUACACCUGGACGGUCACAAUUUAUUGUGGGCAAUGGGAAUCGAAGUCUUUCAAAUGCGCCCCUCAUUGAGGACACUGGGUUGCCUGAUCAAAUCAUCAUCCCUGAAAGAAAAAGUUGGAAAAACUUGUUUGCAUAUAUGGGUCCUGGAUUUCUUGUUUCAAUUGCAUAUAUUGAUCCUGGCAAUUUCGAGACUGAUCUUCAAGCAGGAGCAAAGUACAAGUAUGAGUUACUCUGGAUAAUCCUAGUAGCUUCAUGUGCUGCUCUCAUCAUUCAGUCCCUUGCAGCCAACCUAGGGGUUGUGACAGGAAAGCAUUUAGCAGAGCAUUGUAGAGCUGAAUAUCCAAGGGUUCCAAACUUCAUUUUAUGGGUGCUUGCUGAAAUUGCUAUAGUGGCAUGUGAUAUUCCUGAAGUGAUUGGAACAGCAUUUGCGCUGAACAUGCUCUUUCACAUUCCUGUAUGGUCUGGCGUUCUUCUUACAGGGCUUAGUACUUUGAUGCUUCUAGCAUUACAACAAUAUGGGGUGCGUAAACUCGAGUUCUUGAUAGCUUUUCUGGUAUUUACAAUAGCUGCUUGUUUCUUUGUGGAACUUGGCUAUGCAAAGCCUGCUUCAUCAGAAGUUCUGAAGGGACUCUUCAUCCCUCAACUUAAAGGAAAUGGUGCAACUGGCCUUGCAAUCUCACUUCUUGGUGCCAUGGUUAUGCCGCACAAUCUCUUUCUCCAUUCUGCUUUGGUGCUUUCUAGGAAAAUACCCCGAUCAAUACAUGGAAUCAAAGAGGCAUGCAGAUAUUAUACCAUAGAAAGCGCAUUUGCCCUAACAGUGGCCUUCCUCAUCAAUAUAUCCGUCAUUUCUGUAAGUGGAGCAGUCUGCAGCUCUUCAAAUUUGAAUCCAGAAGAUCAGAUGAGCUGCAAGGACCUAGAUCUGAACAAAGCUUCAUUUUUACUAAAGAAUGUAUUAGGUAGUUGGAGCUCAAAGCUUUUUGCAAUUGCUUUGUUGGCAUCUGGUCAGAGUUCUACUAUUACAGGAACCUAUGCUGGUCAGUAUGUCAUGCAGGGCUUUCUUGAUCUACGGCUCCGACCAUGGUUGCGAAAUCUUGUGACCCGAUGCUUGGCGAUAGUUCCUAGUUUAAUUGUUUCAAUCAUUGGUGGAUCUGCUGGAGCUGGACAGCUAAUCAUAAUUGCAUCGAUGAUCCUAUCAUUUGAACUCCCUUUCGCUCUUAUUCCACUUCUCAAGUUCACCAGCAGCAAGACCAAGAUGGGUUCACAUGCCAAUUCCAUUUUGAUUUCAGCAAUCACGUGGUUCAUAGGCUCUCUGAUCAUGGCCAUCAACAUAUAUUUCGUGGCAACCAGCUUUGUCAAGUUGCUCCUUCGGAGCCGGCUAACACUUGUACCCAAGACGUUUGCAGGUAUAUUUGGAUUUUCAGGCAUGUUGCUGUAUCUGGCUGGUAUCGCUUACCUGGUCAUGCGCAAAAAUAAGGAAGUCAUUCAGCUGUUGGCUCUGGAAGAGUCGGAGCUCGGACAAAGAGGCAGCAGUUCAGAUGUGGGAACUGCUGGGUCGAUUUACCCGAGAGAAGACAUUGUGAGCAUGCAAUUGCCACAAGGGAGGACGGCACCAUCUGAUCUGGAUUAAUACAAUCUUCAAUUCAAUGCUGCAAGGUGUGGGCCAACUGCCUGUUGGAGCCAAACAAAAGUGCACUAGCACACUUU